AUCGUGCUGAUUGUAGAUGACGGAAUGCUUGCAACGCUCGCCGAUCACAUGUUCCCUGUCCGGCAUUUCGCACCCUUUUGAGCUUGCGGAAAGUCCCCUCUCCGGGAUCCAGCGAGGACGAAGAGGGGUCCUGGAUUUCUGAUUCACGAGGAGAGCGGAUCGAAGGGAAUUCGGAUGGCGAACGACUACGACUCGUCAUUGGAGGUGAUUCAAGUUUAUCAAGCUCCAGGUGACGAAAGAUGGUAUCCCGUCGAUCCACGGAAUCAUUAUGUCGUCAACAACGAAUACAUCGACGGCGCUCGUCUACUCAUCCGUAAUGUUUGUCGAGACAACGAAAGCGGAAAAUUCGUUUACUGGGAAAUGGACAACAAGUCGGUUCGAACGGAAGUACUCAGAGCACUCGAAACGAGCCGUGCCUCCAAGAAAACUCAUAUCCGAAUCAACGGGAUAAUUGUGAAUCCCAUGAGAAUGACUGCCUCGAAGAAACACAAGGUGAGGCGGGAAGUUCUGGACGUCCAUGACAGACCGGUACUCGAAGUGAGAAAAUGCUUAGCGCCACCCGACGAAACAGUGAAGCUCAUCAGAUUCGAGCCCAGAUCUUUACUGGGCAACCAGUGUGGGCAUAGCGAGCCGGAGGUUGUUGUUCAACCCGUUUCCGACGACGAGUUCAGAGUCGCGAUAAAGACAGCGUUGCCCAUCAAACAAGAGCCUAUCGAUCCGCACGUUGCGCAGAAGCCGGACAGCAUUCCAGAGAUGGAAGUCGCUCGGAGACGCCCCAGGUCAAAGUCCGCCAACGAAACUCCCAUCAACCUGAGGCGAUCCAUGAGAAUUCAGGCCACGGGCAACCCUUACAAAGCAGCUACAGAUGCUCACAGGCGACGGAAAACCGAUCCGAGAUCGCGAUCGGGACGUCGCAAUCAAAAUACCUGACGGCUUGUUCCUAAAACCAUCUUCGAGCGAAAUGAUCUUAUAAUUUAAGCGGGACCAAGCCUUUAGAGUUUGGAAUCCUCAAAGCAUCAGACAAGAUGCAACGCGGAACCAUCAAGUUUCCUUUGUGCGUAUUCGUUCAAGCCUACUACAUACAAUAAAAAUAAUUGAUUUCAACCGU